UUCUCUCUCUAUCUAUAUCCCAAAAAGACAGAGACAAGCAACGACGACGACACAGUAGUACACACAAAAAUCAAAUCUUUCUGUUCAUUUAUUUUUUCAUGAUUCUCGAGACUACGGAUCCGUAUUUCACAAUUUGACGGCUCAAUUCUCCAUUCCUUAUGUCUUCAACGAUUCAUCAUUCCUCGUCGUGCCCAGAAGAAAAGGAAUGAUCUUUAUUUCUUUAUUUCUGAUGAGAAGAUAUUAAAAAAGAGAUCUUGUUAACGACUUCACAAAAGCAGACCCAACUUGGGAAGCUAUGGCGGCUGUUCCGGUUACGUUAUCUAUUUUGAUUUGUUGUUUAUUACCGCCGGCGGUUUUGUCUUAUGGUUUUCCGGCGGCGUUGAAACUGGAAAGAGUGAUUCCGGCGAAUCAUGAGAUGGAACUGAGUCAGCUUAUGGCUCGUGAUAAAGCUAGACACGGCAGGUUGUUGCAGUCAUUAGGUGGAGUCAUUGAUUUUCCCGUCGAUGGAACUUUUGAUCCUUUCGUUGUUGGAUUAUACUACACGAAGCUGCGGUUAGGAUCUCCUCCAAAAGAUUUUUAUGUACAGGUUGAUACAGGCAGUGAUGUUUUGUGGGUUAGCUGUGCUUCUUGCAAUGGCUGCCCUCAAACCAGUGGACUCCAAAUUCAGUUGAGUUUCUUUGAUCCUGGGAACUCUGUAACAGCAACACCAGUUUCAUGUUCUGAUCAAAGAUGCAGUUGGGGUAUUCAGUCAUCUGAUUCUGGCUGUUCUGUUCAGAACAACCUUUGUGCUUACACUUUUCAGUAUGGGGAUGGAAGUGGCACCUCGGGGUUCUACGUCUCUGAUGUCUUGCAGUUUGACAUGAUUGUUGGAAGCUCGCUGGUCCCAAACUCAACGGCUCAGGUUGUGUUUGGAUGUAGCACCUCUCAGACGGGAGAUUUAGUGAAGUCGGAUAGAGCGGUUGAUGGAAUCUUUGGCUUUGGGCAGCAAGGAAUGUCUGUGAUUUCUCAGCUUGCUUCUCAGGGAUUAGCUCCCAGAGUGUUCUCUCACUGCUUGAAAGGAGAGAAUGGAGGCGGAGGUAUAUUGGUUCUUGGAGAAAUUGUGGAGCCAAACAUGGUCUUUACCCCACUUGUUCCUUCACAGCCUCAUUACAAUGUGAAUCUGCUGAGCAUCUCAGUGAAUGGCCAAGCUUUACCUAUCAAUCCAUCUGUCUUCUCCACAUCAAGCGGUCAGGGAACAAUCAUCGAUACUGGUACAACACUGGCAUACCUUUCUGAAGCGGCUUAUGUUCCUUUCGUUGAAGCGAUUACGAAUGCUGUUUCACAGUCUGUCAGACCUGUUGUUUCGAAAGGGAACCAAUGUUACGUUAUAGCCACGAGUGUAGGAGACAUAUUUCCUCCAGUUAGCUUAAACUUUGCUGGUGGAGCAUCAAUGUUCUUAAAUCCUCAGGAUUACCUCAUACAGCAGAACAACGUUGGAGGUACUGCAGUCUGGUGCAUCGGUUUUCAAAGGAUUCAGAAUCAGGGUAUAACGAUCCUUGGAGAUUUGGUUCUUAAAGACAAAAUCUUUGUUUAUGAUCUGGUCGGUCAGAGAAUAGGAUGGGCAAACUACGACUGUUCAAUGUCGGUAAAUGUAUCAGCGACUAGCAGCAGUGGAAGAAGCGAAUAUGUGAAUGCAGGACAGUUUAGUGACAAUGCUGCGCCACAGAAGCCGUCAAUGGACAUUGUUGGAAAGACUCUAAUGCUGUUACUAAUGGUUAUCAACAUGUUCUUAUAGCACACAGCUUAUGCAGCCUAAAUUGUAGUUUUCUAUACCCUUUUGAUAUGGUCGCGGGAGUGUAAUUUGUGGUCACCGGAGAGUAAGUUUCUCCCGACCGGCGAAUCCCAGCAGAAGAAAAGUGAACUUCUUUAUUGUUUUUUUUUUUCCCAUUUCAUUGUUAUAGUUUUGGAUGUACAUAAUUCCUUUUAUACAUAGUAGUGUCUGUGUGUGUAA